GUUUUUUAUUACUUAUCUAACCUAACCUAUCAUUUUACAAAAUUUGAUUUUUUAUAGUUUAAAUUUCUUUUAGAACGUUGUCUAUUAACAAAAUAAUAAACAUUUAGAAAAAUGGAUAAUUUCAAAGAUGGAGUCACAUGAUUUGGAUGAUGAUUAGAAAAAUUUUCAAUACUUACAUAAUAUUUUUUUAUAUUUACAUGAACUUUGAUAAUGAUGAAUAUCUUUUAAGAAAUGGCAUAUAAUUUGGCGCGUUUUUCAACAAAUUUCAAGAGGAUCUCUAAACAAAGCUUAAACUUUUGUUCUAAAAGUGACAAAUUAACUAAAAACAACAACAAAUCUCAAGACAAUAAUAAGAAAUCUGAAGACAAUAAUAAAAAAUCUACAGACCAACAAAAUCCUUUUCCAGAAGCCCCGACCAAUUGUUGCAUGUCAGGAUGUCCCAAUUGUGUGUGGGUGGAAUAUGCAGAAAAACUUUGCGAGUAUUUUAAAGAUGGUGGUGAAAAGGCCAUAGAAGAAAUCGAAAAGAAAGUCACAGAUCCGAAUAUGAAAGCUUUUUUGAUGCAUGAACUACGUAUGAGAAAUAUAAAAAAGAAAUAAUCGAGUAGAAACUGAAAUUGGACAAGAUAUUUUCCGUUUUUUUAUUUGUUUACAUGUCUGUUUAUAUAAUAAAUGAUAACAUAAUAAGG